CGAGAGAGUCUCUCGGGAGGCUGGACUAGCCACACGUUGUGGUGAACUAGGGUAAAAACGGUGUGCCUCUACCUUGCUCUUUACUUUACGCUUUUAAUUUGUUUAUUCCUGCGUCAUUUUCGUUUCAAACGCUAUUCACCCCCCUCUAGCGUUGGGAUGUUUUUCUAACAAUUGGUAUCGGAGCCUAACUCUCUUCCAAACUUAACCAUUUGAGAGGAAUAAGAUCAUGGGCUCUUCUUCUAGAAAUUUGUACGCAGGUAUUGGCGAAGGGCAAUCCACCUCUAGGCCACCGCUCUUUGAUGGCACCAACUACUCCUAUUGGAAGGAACGGAUGAGAAUCUAUAUCCGUUCCACCAACUUCCAAUUGUGGUUGGCCAUCAAGAACGGCGAAGAAACGCCAAUGAAGAAAGUUGGGGAGAAACUUGUCCCAAAGACCGAGGACGAAUUUGAUGCCGAAGACAUCAAAAAGGUAGAGAACUACGCCAAAGCAAUCAACAUGCUCUACUGUGCAGUCAACCCCAAGGACUAUCACAAAAUCUUGUGUUGCACAACUACCAAAGAGAUGUUGGACAAGCUCGAGGUCACAUACGAAGGUACGGACCAAGUUCGGGAAGCCAAAAUUGACUUCCUCACGCAGGAGUACGAGAUGUUCAGGAUGAAUGAAGGCGAAAAGAUCGAUGACAUGUUCGAUCGGUUCUCAAAGAUCAUCAAUGACCUUCACGCUCUCAAGAAGACUUACGCCAACAAGGAUCUUGUGAGGAAAAUCCUGCGGAGUCUCACACCCGAAUGGAGAUUAAAGGCCAACGCAAUCUACGAAUCCAUUGGAGUCUCAAACGUCACCAUCGACGGGUUAAGAGGUAAUCUCAAAACUUAUGAAUAUACUAUUCUAACCCCGUCUUUAAAUGAACAAAAGAAGAAAGGAAUAGCGCUCAAAGAAACCAAAGAAACGGUGGAAGAAGCUUCAAGCGAUGAUGACAAUGAGUUUGGACUCGUCAUCAAGAAAUUCCACAAAUUCAUGAAGAAGGAAUUCAAGCGCAAAGGAAGAAAGCACGACGGUCCCCCAAAGUUCUAUGGUUGUGGCGAGAUAGGCCACAUCAAGCCGAGGUGUCCAAAAGGAAAAAACGGCAAGGACAAACCCGGCUUCAAAAAGCAAAGAGCCUAUAUCUCAUGGGGUGGCGACUCCGGCGACGAGUCAACCAACCAAGAAGAGGAUGAAGCCGCCAACCUCUGUCUCAUGGCACACGAAGACCAAACCGACAAUAUACAAGAGUCCCCUCAUGUUGUGUUUUCCGAAGAUAAUACUCGCUUGGCAAGAAAGGCUAUUUGUGAUGAUCUUGCAGACUCGCUCGAAAGAAUACACGUUGAAGGCGAUGAAGAAGACACGCCAAUAUACACCAACCCGCAACCACAAACUGAGGAAACACCUCAAGUGAUGGUCGAAAAUGAAGAAGAUCAAGCGGACAAAGAAAAACAUGAGGAAGCCCAGGAACAAGAGGAAACCGAGCUUCCCGUCGCUUGGAGAACGAACAAGAACCAUCCACUUGAUCAGGUAAUCGGCAUCAUCAACCGCGGGAAUUCUUCAUCCAUGGGAAAAGACAAGAGCAUGGCUGCUACAUCCGGGAAAUCCAAGGCAAAAUCCCGGGCUCCAACGACGACUUCCGAGGAACACCUCUACUACGGCGACAGGUGGUAUCUCUGGUUCGAUUCCGAGGAGGAGCGCACCCGCUUUCUCACCUUCUUCUCCAAGCGGGUUGUGGCUCCCCCGCGGAUUGUCCCGGAGCGCUUCGAGGACCUCGUCAAGUCCACGCCGAUUGAAAUCACCGUGGAGCGACUUGGGCGCAUCGCCGGCCUCCCCUACCAAGGCGACGACAUUUUCACCUAUGGCGGAGAAGAUUGGGUCCUCAACAACGAGGGCCUAUUUUUCAACGAGCUCGGCAUCACAGAACUCAUCCGCCAUCCCACGGGCCGCCCCACCAUCCACUCUGCGACCCCCGAGAGCGGCCUCCUUCUCUACAUCGUGUCCCGGAUACUCAAGCCCCGGAGGCACGGGCACACGAUCAUGUCCGGCGAGGACCUCAAGCUCCUCCACGCCAUCAUGCACUCUGCACCAAUCAAUUGGGCGAAGUUUGUCAUGAUCUACAUGACGGACGCCACAUCUACCGCCCACGAUCAACUCCUCCCUUACCCCUUCUUGGUGAUGGACAUCCUUAAACGUUUCAAGGUGACCACCACCGUUGGCCCGCUCACCAAGGCCACGAAAAUUUGGAAGAUCAGCGCCCAAACCUUCAAGAAGCGGUCGAACAACGCCGCCGUCCUGCCAAUGGCCCAGCCGAACCCCAGGCCCGGGCCAACCUUGCCUCCAUCGCUGACUCCCUCAACCGGCUGCACUUCAAAGUCGACGGGAUGGACGGAUAUCCCCCUCUACUAUGGUAAAUGUGGAAGAUUUGGGCAUUCUUGCUCAUCUCCUGCAAAACCCACCGGAAAACUCCCCUCCGGUGGGAUGAUGAACAGGGGUGACCAUAUGACGGCAUCUGACAAAGCUACAGCUACAAAGGGCAAGCGGACGGUUGUCAGACACAAGAAGAAAACCCCAAGCAAGAUAUUACAAACUCUGGACAAUAGCCGGGCCCAUCUUGCUCAGCCUGGGGAAAUUCCAUGCACUUCGAACCAAGACGGGCAGGACGUUAUGGACACCUUAGCCCUGGAAAACCUUGAUAUUGGAACCCCUAAGGUCUCUGGUGAAGCUCUUAUUCUAUCAAGGGGAGGGAGUGCCAAAGCUAAAACUUAUAAGCUUUCAGUCCAGACUAGAGGAAUGAAAGCUGCUCUAGAUCCCUCUCUCUUGGUUAUCUCAUGAAUCUUAUGUUCUGGAACAUUAGGGGAGUGCGCAGCUCCUUACCCACGCUGCAGGCACUUGUUCAAACUCAUAGGGUUUUCUUUCUUGCUAUUUUGGAACCUUUGGUAAAAGAAGAUAGCGUAACACCCUAAUCCGUCCAGCUUGUGUAACAGUGGGAGUGGGAGGUAGUAAUUUCUUAAAAAAUUGAUCAUCAACUAUACCCAGAUCCUCACAGUCAGAGUCAUCACUGUCACUUUCCAGUAAGGGGGUAAAUUUUGAGCUAUCAAUAAAGGGUAAGGCUGUUGAGACAUCAACCUCUACACAGAAGCGUGCAAGGUCUGGUCU